CUCCUGUCAUCUGUCUACCUUCCAACUGAUUUGGCUCUUGGCUGCCAUGAUGUUAUGCAGGGCACAAGCUGUUACUGCUCCAGGCAUAAACUCACUUGGUGAUGCUUCUAUCCUAUUUGGCACUUUCCAUCUUCAACCUCACUUCACCUAAUUUCCAGCCUACAGGGAUUCUUCAUGUAAUUUCUGGUCACUGGGAGUUUGCUUUCUUAUUUUUCUACUCUGCUACUCUUAAAGACUGAACAAAUAUUUGAACUUAUAUUUCUCUAGCAACAUCAGGAAGUGGAGACCCAAGAUGUAAGAGAGUUGCUGAACACACCUGCUUCUUUAAGAUGCUCUCUGCAAAAUCCCCAGGAAGUUCUGAUUGUGACAUGGCAAAAAAUCAAGGCUGUAAGCCCAGAAAACAUGAUCACCUUUAGCCGGAACCAUGGGGUUGUGGUCCAGCCUGCCUAUAAGGACAAGAUAAACAUCACCCAGCUGGGACUCAUCAACUCAACCAUUACCUUCUGGAAUACCACCUUGGAAGAUGAAGGGUGUUACAAGUGCCUCUUCAAUACCUUUGGUUCUGGGAAGAUCUCAGGAAUAGCCUGCCUCACUCUCUUUGUACAGCCCACAGUAUUCCUUCACUAUAAAUUAUCUGAAGACCACCUAAAUAUCACUUGCUCUGCCAAUGCUCGCCCAGCCCCUAUGAUCUCCUGGAAGGUCUCUGGCUCAGAGAUUGAGAACAGUACUGAGAUUCUCUCACACCCCAAUGGGACAACAUCUGUCACCAGCAUCCUCCAGAUCAAAGACCCCAAGAGUCAGGUGGGGAAGGAUGUGAUCUGCCAGGUACUGCACCUGGGGACUGUGACCGACUACAGGGAAACUGUGAACAAAGGCUUUUGGUUUUCAGUUCCACUACUGUUAAGUAUUGUUUCCUUGGUAAUUCUUCUGGUCUUAAUUUCAAUCCUACUAUACUGGAAACAUCGUCGGAACCAAGACCGAGAGCCAUAGAGGAGUCACACAGAACCCUGAAAGUUAUUCCCUGGUCUACUUGAAUCUGACUCAGGAGGCAAGCAGGAGAAAGAGGGUCAUUCUCCAAGGAACCUAAAAGAGCAAAAGAAGUUGGAGUCAAAGGCCUAAGAAUUUCAAGAUUUUCUACUGCCAUCUAGGCUACCCAAUGCUUCUGUGAGUUCCAAGAGGAAGUCAUUUUACCUCUCAGGUCUGUUGUAGGACUUGAUUUUGUAAAACAAUGCAGUGUUGUGCUGUUGAAAGGGUACUGGACUUAGAAUCAGGAGCCACCGCUCAGAGGCUGACUUUGACUCCGACUGGUGGCAACUCUAUGUUAAUCACUAUCUCAAUGAGCUUCCACGUUUGCAUACAGAAAAUUAAGGAUUUGGACCAAAUAAUUUGCCAUUCUGCUCUAAAACUGGUUGUAAUUCCAGGAAAAAAAAAAAAAGGAAUAAACAAAGAGAAAAGAAAUGAAAAAGAGAAGAAUACAGGAAGGUAGGGACCAAAGAACUUUUCUGAGACCACCUUUUGCCUUUCUGUGGCUAUUCCACCUCUUCUUCCCUUCUUCUUUGGUCCGUAAGUCUAUUUCCUCAUCACUUGGUAUCUAGUCCACCGCCUGCUUACUGUUUUGCUAAUAACUGGUCUUUCUAGAACCCUCAGUUUCACUGCUAUUCUUCAUGUACUUCUGUGAUAUUUACCACAGUGGAAGUGGAACUGAAUUUAUUGUGAAGUAACAUUGACAACCUUAACUUUACUUAUCUGUUUUUAUAGCAGACUAAAUAUUAUUAGUCUUAGCAGCUCGCAUUUUUAAAAAGGCAUGCAUUUCUCAUCCAUUUGUUUCAUAAUAUGACCCAGCCCUAUUUUAGUCAUUCUAAAUUCAGCCUAGUAUAAUGAAGACAUAUUUAGAAAACACAGCAUUUAGAAAGUUUCCUGAAUAGCAUUCAGCUAAUUCAAGUGCUUUGUCUCUCCCAGCUUCUUUUCUCAUGAGUUAACUUCUCACAAUAGCAGAGAAAGCAUGUAUGGGUGUACAAAUCCCUUUGUUGUAAACAUAUGGUUCUAACUAGUGGAACAAUUUUGAACUUUUAAAUAAUCAUAGGACCAAGUUGGUGACUUUUUCAGUAUCUUUUGCUUUCUUGUCUCUAUCCAGUGACCUAGGAACUAAAAACUAAAACUUAAGUUGUUUUCACUGUUGAAUUGAAUAUUUAUAUAUUUAGUAAGGUUUUCGUAUGUUAUUUAAUUCUGUAUUAUUUCGUAUAUUUGUAUUAAUAUACUGAAUAAUUAAAAGUGUCAGCUCUAAAUAUUUGGUUCAUGAUAUUCUCGUAGGGAAUGUGGAAAAUGUGGGCAUUAAUGAUAAUCUGUAUAUUUUUCCUCUGUGUGUGAAAUCCUCCCCUCUAUAUCUUACCCCCUAAAAGAUGCUGUUGGCAUUUCUGAUUUGUCACAGCGUCACAGAUCAGAUGUUCUUGAUCUGACCAGUGAAAGCUGCUUCAUUUUGGUGCCUGUGUCCUUUUGAUAUGACCCGGUCAAUUUUGGAGUACUUCCUUAUAUGUGCUGUUUUGAUUUUGCUUUUUUGUUUCUUUGUUUGGGAAUUUUUUUUAAAUUUAAUUUUAUUUAUUUAUUUUUAUACAGCAGGCUCUUAUUAGUUAUCUAUUUUAUACAUAUUAGUAUAUAGAUGUCAAUCUGAUUUUGCUUUUAGAUACUAACCUCUGCAAAUGGAUUAGCUCACACAGUUUUGAAUUUAGUAGGAAUUAUCAUCCUGCUUCUGGUUUUGCUGUUUUUUCUGGUAUCUUAGCUGCCAGAUCAGACAGGGUAACUUAAAGCAGCAGUUCUCAAACAUUUAAAGGUCUCAGGACCCCUUUACACACGUAAAAACAUUAUUGAGGACCCCAAAGAGCUUUUUUGUAAAGCGAAUUAUGUCUGUUGAUAUUUACCAUAUUUGAGAUUAAAACUGAUAAACUUUAAAAACAAAAAUCUACAAGCAUGCAUUUCAUUAGUCAUCAGAGUGAUAGCAACAUCACACAUCAGGUAGAUUCUGGAAAGCUCCACAGCACACUUGUGAGAGAGUGAAAAUAAGGAAUUGAUGUGAUUAUGACAGUAGUUUUGACUUUGUGGAACCCCGGAAACGGUCUCAAGGACAAUUUUGAGGACUGCUCACUUAACGUAUAGGCAAAGAAGGAGACCAUUUUAUGAGAUUUCAUGAGUCUCUCCCAAAGGCUCUCCUUUACGAAACAGCUAUCUUCACAGUGCCUAAGCAUUCCACCAUUCCACCAUAAUUUUAGUUAGGCCAUUAUCUUUCUGGGAGUUCCCCUUAAAGUGCAGAGAGGCCUGGGUCUACUCCUUCUUCCUCACUAGCAAUUCAACUUAAAUUGCCUUAUUAAAUGGCUUAUCAGUUACCUUGCAGGGUAUUGAGAGACUUGGACUUAGAAUAGGUAAGUUUUGAUGGGAAAGACUUGAGAGGGUCAUAGAGAGCAAAGAGAGGAUGUGGAAGGUGUGACUCAGAGCACAUGGCUCUGUCUGACAAGGCAGAUUCCUGGGUAGCACCAGUCUUGCCCUACGACUCCUGCCCUCUCACCCCUGGGAGGGGCUCACCAACUGUCCCUUACUCAUCCUGAACCUUUCAAUUAGGGGAGUUUCUUCCAAAUCUAUGAAUUGGAAAGAGACAGUUUGGGCUUUGUAUGCUUCAGCAAGGUUGGGAAAGUUGUAAACAUUCGAGUCACUUCGAAUAACUCAAUCACAAAGUUUUCUUGGCAGUAAAAAUUUAGAGACUUUCCAGGGUGGUGGUAAAUGAGCUCAGAGACAAGGGAAACCAGAAGAAGUUUUUUGUGCUUAAAUAGAAGUAAAACUGAAGGUGAAGAUUUGGGGGGAGCGGUUGGA